CCCCUACACUGACCACCCUAGCCCCUACACUGACCACCCCAGCCCCUGCACUGACCACCCCAGCCGCUGCACUGACCACCCUAGCCCCUACACUGACCACCCUAGCCCCUCCACUGACCACCCCAGCCCCUAUACUGACCACCCUAGCCCCUCCACUGACCACCCCAGCCCCUACACUGACCACCCCAGCCCCUACACUGACCACCCCAGCCCCUACACUGACCACCCCAGCCCCUACACUGACCACCCUAGCCCCUCCACUGACCACCCUAGCCCAUACACUGACCACCCUAGCCCCUCCACUGACCACCCUAGCCCCUCCACUGACCACCCUAGCCCAUACACUGACCACCCUAGCCCCUCCACUGACCACCCUAGCCCAUACACUGACCACCCCAGCCCCUACACUGACCACCCCAGCCCCUACACUGACCACCCUAGUCCCUACACUGACCACCCUAGCCCCUAUACUGACCACCCUAGCCCCUACACUGACCACCCCAGUCCCUACACUGACCACCCCAGCCCCUGCACUGACCACCCUAGCCCCUACACUGACCACCCUAGCCCCUCCACUGACCACCCCAGCCCCUACACUGACCACCCCAGCCCCUACACUGACCACCCCAGCCCCUACACUGACCACCCCAGCCCCUACACUGACCACCCUAGCCCCUACACUGACCACCCUAGCCCAUACACUGACCACCCUAGCCCCUCCACUGACCACCCCAGCCCCUACACUGACCACCCUAGCCCCUCCACUGACCACCCCAGCCCCUCCACUGACCACCCUAGCCCCUCUACUGACCCCCCACCCCCUCUACUGACCCAUACAGUCAUGAGUGGAG